AAUGUAAAGUUAAAAGCAUGCUGCACAAAACUUUUUAAUUAUCGGUGUACAGUGUGUCGAGAAGUGUGUGAAUACACUAUGAAUUGUGUUAGACUUUUAUUUUUAAAAUUAUUUUUAAAGAAAGGCGCAAUUUGUAGAAGCAAGAAAAGUACUACAGAACACUUGUUUGUUGUUUUUAUAUGUGAUUUUUGUUACCUGUAUGGUUUCAGUAGCGGCAAGUCUCGUAAAGCGAAAUAAGCGCCUUUAUUUUUUGUAUGAUAUAAAAAUAAAUAAUUUCGGCAUAACAAGGCAAAGUACCGUUGCUAUGGUUACCUAUUUUUCAUUAAACGAAUCUUAAUGGACCAAAAUUAAUUUCGUUUUUUUUUUUUUUUUUUUUUUUUUUUUUGCAGCCUAAUUCAGCAUUUUCACAUAGAUUGGUCUCCUAAAAUCAGUCUCGCUUUAAAUAAUGAAAAAGAUCGUGCUGAAGGGAGGAACGUUGAGCGCACGAGAUGAUAAACAAACGUAGAGGUCGAUGCCCACUAAACCUGAAAAAGCUAUCAAUUCACUUGGGAGAGGCGCAGUGGUUUAGGCCCAGCCAAGGAGGCAUCCCAUAAACCUUCAAAGGCUUAAAUUGAUUUGGAGGAAAUCGAUGCCUUCGUGUCGAGUGACUGUUCCAGCCACAUCAUUUGAGAGCUGAAAACAGAGGCCUUUCAUUAUCACCGCAGAGGAGAGGAAACUACAGUGCCUUACAGGAGAGUGUCUUGGCAGGAAGUCAGUCAGUCAGUUGUGGGCACUCAUGGCAUCAGCAGACCACCAAGGAAACAAGGACCCCGCAGACACCUCCCGAACAGAUGGUGCUCCAUCCCCUGGCACAUCUUGUCCCGUCCACAGCCACACUGCUGAAGAAGCGAAGCGGAACGGCUUGAGGAAAGGACUGGUCAGACAUCGAGACUACGUCAAAAUCUCUGUGCCGGAAGGAAAGGGCAACCGAUUACCAUCGGAAUGGUGGAAGACGUUCAUCGCUUUGUUUUAUGCCGUUUUGAACCUGGUUUUGACAACGGUUAUGAUCACUGUGGUUCAUGAGAGAGUACCACCCAAGGAGAGCAGCCCACCCCUGCCGGAUAAGUUCUUUGACUAUAUAGACCGCGUGCAGUGGGCGUUUACUGUGACUGAGGUCAAUGGAAUGGUUCUGGUGUCUAUAUGGUCCAUUCAAUUGCUCUUUCACAGAUACAGGUCUAUUGUAGGAAGACGAUAUUUCUUCCUUCUGGGUACGUUGUACAUGUAUAGAUGCAUAACCAUGUACGUCACCACCCUACCCGUGCCUGGCAUGCACAUGGUGUGUGCCCCAAAGCUCUACGGAGAUUCACAAGCGAAGCUGCAGCGUGUUCUGCAGUUGCUCUCUGGUGGAGGAUUAUCAAUCACCGGUUCCCAUCUGCUGUGUGGAGACUUCCUGUACAGCGGCCACACUGUCAUUCUCACGCUCACAUACCUCUUCCUCAAGGAGUAUUCUCCUCGUUCUUUCUGGUGGUACCAUCUUCUGUGCUGGUUAACGGCUGCUGUGGGCAUUGUGUGUAUCCUGGUGGCCCAUGAACACUACAGUGUGGAUGUGGUUGUGGCAUAUUUUAUCACCACACGACUGUUCUACUGGUAUCACACUAUGGCUAAUCUGCAGACUUUAAAGUGUUCUCCGAACAACUACCUCACUCACACCUGGUGGAACCCCGUGUUUAACUUCUUCGAGAGGAACGUCCAGACCCAAGUGCCCUGUUCUUUCUGCUGGCCGAUCACAUGGCCCCCUGCCUGCCUGAAGAACCCCUGUAAGAACUAUUCCAUGGUGCAGAGCGGCCGGGAGGAGUGAAGUGAUUCAUCACCAUGAUUAGACCAACAUGUGGAAAUGUUUUGUGUUUGGCUUGUGGCUAUCUUAAUAUUUACACCAUAACAAAGACUAAAGACUGUUUGGCUAUUGUUGCUAAUACAUCUCAUAUAACAAAGAGCCAAACAGUUCAUGAUGACCAAAAUAUUGUAAAACUCAAUACUAUUUGAAAAGUCAUUGUUGACUUUUUUUUUUUUUUUUAAUUAAUUUAUAUUCAUUCAAUGAGGCCAUUAAAAUAAGCACUUUUGUAAGGAUCUGAAUGGCCAAUUGGAAGUGUUACGGUUGUAAAAUGAUGGAUUUUUGGAAAAUCUCUCUCUUCUAUCAAAACAAACCUAUCAGUUUGUGCAUGCUUCUUAGCCGUCAUAUUUUCCCCUUGUCUGUUUAUUUAAUUAUCAUUUAAAACUUUUGUUUGUCAUAAUGUUGACAGACACGUUUGUCAAUUUGUUUAACUGGCUUUCAUUAAUUUUAUACACUAUUUUACAUUAUAAAUGCAUGCAUUCUUUUUCUAAUGAUUCACGCCAGCUGUUAUUUUAGUUUAUUUUAUGCUUAUUUUCUGUCUUAAGAUGUUUUAUGAAAAUAAAUGGUUUACAUUAACACCUGGUGCACUUCUUG